UGUUUAAAAAAACAUAGGUCACCAGCAAUGAUACUAUUUUUAAACUCAUUGCAUGAGACUUAAAUUAUUGGUAGUCAGUUAAAUUGUGUUGGACUUUUGAAGCGUACUAAGACCAGCUAAGGCAAAACAACGCUGAUAUUGUCGAGAAAUAUGAUUAAAACAAUAAUAGCAAUAUUACUUUUGUUAAUUUGUGUCAAUAAGGGCACAGCAUUAACUUGCUACAGUUGUAAUGUUUCCACAUCUGAGCAAGAUGAAGAUGCCUGUAAAGGCAUUGGUAAUCCAAGACCCUGUGCUCCAAACAGUGUAUGCUUAUCGGCUUUGUAUGAGUUAAAUACAGGAACUGUAAAGACAUUCAUGACAAUGAAAACAUGCUAUCCAAUCAUGAAUGGUGAAGAGUGUACUAACUUUGUCAAGACCCAGAAGAACAUGCUGGUCAGUACUGCCUCUUUAACAUCGAAUUCAUGCAAAACCUGCGAAACGGAUGAUUGCAAUCGCAGAACCACCUUGAGCAGCGGGUCUCGAAGCGUAUUUAACCCUCUAUUUUUAAUUAGUAUAUUGGGUUUAUUUGUUUUAAAAAUAAUUCUAAGUUAGUGUAAUUACACAAAAAUAUAUAGGUGUUGAAAAUAUAUUGUAUACUAAGUAAUUAUUUCUAUAAGUAGGUAUUUAGUUGAAAAAUAAUAGGUAUGUUUUUUUUUCUAAAAUAUUAUAUUAAGGAUUAAUUAAUAUUAUUAGAUAGGUAUAAAAGAAUUAUUAUACUUUAUUUUUUUCUUAAUACAGAGUUAUAUACAG